UCUUUGAUGGUGGCGACUGGAGAUAUGGGAAUCAGCUGCCAGCUGCAUGCCACAGCUCUUGGUAUCCUGCUGGUCUGGUCAGUCUUACAACUGCAGAAUAUUUCAGCAUCCUGCCCUCAAUGCAAUGAAAAUGCCAACUGCUACAACAGCUCCCACUGUAUUUGUAAAGAUGGAUUCUGGUCAGAACCUGAUAACAGAAAGAUAAUUGAGCCCCAUGUGAGAUGUGAAGAUAUUGAUGAGUGUCAGUUGGAGCCACUGGUGUGCAAAGAUGUGUCGUACUGUAAAAAUAAAAUUGGUACUUACAUAUGCAGCUGUCUAGUAAAAUAUCCUAUCUUCAACUGGGUAGCUGGCAUUAUUGAUAUUGAUAGUCCUGAGUGUUAUGCGAAAGAACCAGAGAACAUAAAAAACUCAGAAGAUGUAUGGGGAAAGCUGAUUGGACAUGAAUCUAAAAAGAACGUUGCAAAAGCAGCUACCGAAGUGCUUCAUCGAGUGGAAGUCCACGUACUGAAUGAAUAUGCAGCUGCACCAACAAAGGGUGAAAAUUCUGAAUUGGGUAUAGUGUAUGAAACCAAGAGGUGCAAAAGUAUGACUCUUCUGGAAGCUGGAAAUAACACAAUGAAGAUUGACUGCAAUAGUGUUCUCAAAGAAACCAAGAGUACAGGUGAUGAGACUCCAGUUGCUCUUAUUGCAUAUCAAUCCCUCGGGAAGUUUCUAAAUGGAUCAUAUUUUAGUAACAAAGAAGGGGUUACAGAAGUAAAAUUGAACUCUCUUAUUGUGAGUGGUGCCAUUCGUUCAGAAGUCAAACCUGUCCUAUCUGAACCUGUAAUCCUGACUUUACAAAAUACUCAGCCCAUUGACCCAAGAGCAGAGCAUCUUUGUGUCUACUGGGAAGGAUCAGAGGAUGGGGGCAGCUGGUCUACUAAGGGCUGUUCUCACAUGCACACCAAUGACUCCUACACCACCUGCAAGUGCUCCCACCUGUCCAGUUUUGCUGUGCUCAUGGCUCUAUCCCUUGAGGAGGACUCUGUGCUUUCUGCACUGUCCGUGAUAACCUAUGUGGGUCUGAGUCUCUCCCUCUUGUGCCUGUUCCUGGCGGCUGUGACCUUUGUCCUGUGCCAGCCCAUCCAGAAUACCAGUACGACACUCCACCUACAGCUCUCCAUCUGCCUGUUCCUGGCCGAUCUCCUCUUUCUCACCGGCAUCAACAGAACUGAGCCUAAGGUGCUGUGCUCCCUCAUUGCAGGAAUGUUGCACUACCUCUACUUGGCUUCCUUCAUGUGGAUGCUUUUGGAAGGGCUACACCUUUUUCUCACUGUGAGGAAUCUCAAAGUAGCCAACUACUGCAGCUCAGGAAGAUUCAAGAAGAGGUUCAUGUAUCCUGUAGGCUAUGGAAUUCCUGCCUUUAUUGUUGCUGUGUCUGCAAUAGCCAGACACAAGAAUUAUGGAACACAUACCCACUGCUGGCUCAGCCUUGAUAAAGCAUUCAUCUGGAGCUUCCUGGGGCCAGUGGCAUCCAUUAUCUUGAUCAACCUGGUGUUCUACUUUCAAACUAUAUGGAUUUUGAGAAGCAAACUUUCUUCCCUCAAUAAAGAAGUUUCUACACUUCAGGACACCAAGAUCAUGACAUUUAAAGCCAUUGUUCAACUAUUUGUAUUGGGAUGUUCUUGGGGCAUUGGCUUAUUUAUGGUCAUUGAAUUCGGGAAGACAGUGAAAUUGAUCAUUGCCUAUCUAUUCACCAUCAUCAAUGUCCUACAGGGGGUUUUGAUAUUUGUGGUACACUGUCUGCUUAAUCGCCAGGUGCGAAUGGAAUAUAAGAAGUGGUUCCGUAAGAUGCACAAAGGGGUUGAGACUGAAAGCACUGAGAUGUCUUAUUCUACUACCCACACUAAGAUGGAGGAAGUUGGAAAUCAGCAGAACUGACUCACAGAGAGUGCUCACAACUUGAGUUCCUACUUCCAAACCAAGGACCAUCACUGCUGUGUGGCCACACAUGUACUAGGUUCAUCUCACCAUUCUUCCAUGUGAAUUGACAUAUUGAAAAUAAUCUUGCUAUGGUUGCUAAUGCACAGUAAUUGUACAUGUGAUGCAUUUUACUGGGAAUUUUUCAUACGUACAGCUUUGACCAUGUCCACCUCUUUUCCCUUAUCCUCACCUGACCCUCUUUAUUCAGUCACUUUUCUUGUACAUAAUAAUUCCUCUUUCUAUUAAUUUUCAACACAAUGGAAAAUUAUAUUUCUCUUGCUACAUCUCACUUAAUUAUUAUAGCAUGCCUUCUUUUAAUUCCAUCUAUAUCCUUGCAAAAAUAGGAUUUAUUCUAUUUUAAAACAGAAAAAAUAUGCCAUGGGUUAUAUAAAGCACAGUUUCUUUAUUCUUUGAGGGACACUGAGGCUGACUCCAGAUCAUGGCUGUAGUGAAUAGCACCUCAGUAAAUUCAACUAUGCUGUUGUAGGAC